AAUGGGACUGACAUCAUCAUCAUAAUUAUAGCCAUGGAUAUCGCUUGAGCUGUUUUUUUAAAAGAAGUCUUAACGGAACGUCAGAAUCAGUAGUUCACACAAGAACACCUUUCAAGCACAAUGGAAUACGCUCUUAUCAAACGAUAUUUGGCCAGAUCUUCUGCUCCCUAUCUUCCUAGACUUACAAGAGCCUCGGUGCAUGGGAAGGCUGAGUCUCAGCCUAAGGGGAACGAUGAGCCGGUGAACGUCGGUGCCUCAUUCCCGGAUGACUUUGAGGACUCUCCUUUGAAGUCAGAAAUCCUCAAGCGGAGAAACAAAAACCCAGGCGUGGAGGAAUCAUACCAUCCCACGAUGGAAGAGAUAUACGACAGCGUUCGGGGGAAGAUACCAGUGGGGAAGAAACAAUCAGCCAAACCUGCCAAAGAGCCAGAACGGGAGCCCGAGUUGGAUGAGAUGUGAAGAUUGUUCAUCACCCUCAAAAUGAAACUUGGCGUACGGAUAUUUUGGUGGUUGGAUGUGCUUUUAUAUACGUGGCGAUUCGUUAGUCUGCGAUAAUUGAAGGUCAAUUUAGCCCCGUCAAACUCCAGUCGCCGUACUAAAUAGACGAUUGAUUUAGGA